GUGGUUUCUUUUAGCUUUCAUGAUCUAAAGUGAGUGUUUUGAAAAUGCAAAUAUUUACAAGAACCCAAUUCUAACAUGUGCGCUGUUAAAAGACGGAUUUAAACUGAUGAACUGAUGAGCGUCUUACCUACUUUUGAAUGACCUCUCCCGCUCCCUCCGCUCGCAUUGUCUGUCAGCUGGGAUAAAGUUGGAGCCGUUGCCCAUCUGCUGAGUAAACUGAGCUCAAAACUUUAAAACUAAAGCCGUUCUCCGCCUUACAGAUGUCGUCCUCGGAUGUUUGUCGCCAAAUGGAAAAGAAUGCUCGUCCGCUCACUCUGUCAGGUCAUGUUGGUUUUGACAGUCUGCCAGAUCAACUGGUGAACAAGUCCGCGAGCCAGGGCUUCUGUUUCAACAUCCUCUGUAUUGGGGAGACUGGUAUUGGAAAGUCCACGCUAAUGGACACUCUGUUCAACACCAAUUUCGAGACCUUUGAGGCCUCCCACUUUGAGCCGAAGGUGAAGCUGAGAGCUCAGACGUACGAUCUUCGAGAGAGCAGCGUCCGGUUAAAACUCACAGUGGUCAGCACCGUGGGCUUCGGAGACCAGAUGAACAAGCAGGAAAGCUAUCAGCACAUUGUGGAUUAUAUCGACACUCAGUUUGAGUCCUACCUGCAAGAGGAGCUGAAGAUAAAGCGCUCGCUUCAUAACCACCACGACUCCAGGAUCCACGCAUGCCUCUACUUCAUCGCUCCGUCUGGUCACUCCCUCAAAUCUCUGGACCUGGUAACCAUGAAGAAGCUGGACAGUAAGGUGAACAUCAUUCCGGUCAUCGCUAAAGCAGACACCAUCUCCAAGAGCGAGCUUCACAAAUUCAAGAUUAAGAUCAUGAGCGAGCUGGUCAGCAACGGCGUCCAGAUCUACCAGUUUCCAGUCGACGACGAGAGUGUGGCAAAGAUCAACACCACCAUGAAUGGUCACCUGCCCUUUGCUGUUGUCGGGAGCACAGAGGAGGUGAACAUUGGGAAUAAAAUGGUGAAGGCCCGUCAGUACCCCUGGGGCGUGGUGCAAGUGGAGAACGAGACUCACUGUGAUUUCGUGAAACUGAGGGAGAUGCUGAUCUGUGUGAACAUGGAGGACCUGCGAGAACAAACACACACCCGGCACUACGAGCUCUACAGACGCUGUCAGCUGGAGGAGAUGGGCUUUAAGGACACGGACUCAGAGUCCAAACCAGUCAGUCUUCAGCAGACGUACGAACUGAAGCGUCAGGAGUUUCUGGCUGAGCUGCAGAGGAGAGAAGAGGAGAUGAAGCAGACCUUCGUUCAGCGAGUGAAGGAGAAGGAGGCGGAGCUAAAAGAAGCUGAGAAAGAGCUGCAUGCCAGGUAUGAGCAGCUGAAGCGGCUGCAUACGGAGGAGAAGAGUGCGCUGGAGGAGAAGAGGAGGAUGCUGGAGGAGGAAAUGAGCUUCUUCAGCAAACGCAAAGCCGCAGCCGAACUGCUAAACUCUCAGUCGCUCAACAGCAAAAAGGACAAAGACCGCAAGAAUGCUGGAUUCCUGUGAAGAACCAAAAAAGGCCAUUUUAAUAUCCUGCCAUGGACCACAAUAAGCUACGUAAUUAAAUUGAUGCAUGUUGGUAUUUUAUUUGUAGUAUUACAGCAAUGCAGGCUGAAAUACAUCAGUAUUGAUAUAGUAUUGCCGCUACUGGUGGAGUAUUUUUGUUUUAUCUGUUUAUGUCAUAUAUGGAGUUUUCUUAUCAGCUUAUUUUUAAGAAAAUGCUCUAUUCUUUCACUCAUGCCUAGAAUACUAACCAGUUUUGAUAUCUACACUACUUCAAAAAUGGCCUUUUUAUGGUUAAUUUUUGUCAAAACAGCUUCUGCACAUUUUAUUAGCAAUUAUUCACCAAGAACCAGCUAGAAAUAGGCCUUUAUUACACAUCACACAUUUCAGGUUUGUAAUUGGAAAACUGUAUUAAUGAAACAUUGGUCUGACCUGACAUUUAUUUAAAAAGUAUUAUUUUAUUAACAAAUAAAAGUGUUGUACUUUUCA